AUGGCUUCCGAAACAACAAGAAGGCAUUGGGGCAGUUUUAAUUUUUUUUAAAAAAAGCAUCAUAUUUGAUUGAGGAUACGGUUACAGAUACAGAUGGCUUCUAUUCAUUUAGCAGCUGUAAUUCGGCCAUUCUUUGGAAAUUCUGACAGUGUGAAGUGUGUUGUCAGCGAGCAUGGUGAUACCGUGUAUGUCAAAGAUGUCUCCCUACUUCUGCAACUACUGGACAUUGAGCAUCCCAUUGGUCAGCUGAUAGUUGCUGUGUGUCAAUGUCACAGUUACCGAUAUGGAUCUGGGGUGAAAUCUCUCCUCACCCUACAUGGUCUUCUGACAGAAGCGUUUCUAUCUCUGUGUGAACAGGGUAUUCCCCCAACGGAUGUGAUUACCCUAAUGAGAGAGGCUUUGGCCAACUCUAUGUGCAGAUUGUCAGCCCUCCAGAUACCACUGACCAACCACCUGCGUGCUACCAGACAUAACUCUCCACACUCAGACAGGACUCAGUGUGCUGCACUUCCUGCAAAAUCUGAUGAUUUUAAAGAAGUGCUUAUGUCAGACUCUGGAAGGAGAAUCUGUAAGGAUGGUUGGACAUUUAUCAAGUCUGGAAGUCUGGAUCUCAAGGAAAUGGCAGAAACUGAGUUGAUUCAUCUGAAGAUGAAGCAAGUCCGCAAGGAUGAGGAUGAGGAUGAGGAUGAUAUUGGUUGGUUCUUUGAUGAUCCGGUUCCAAGUCAGGAAAAGAAGAAUGAGGAGGCUCAAGUUGGUCUAAGAAUUAAUGAAGAGUGUUUAGAAGCCAGAGAUGAAAUCCAGUUGAUCAGUAGAUUAUCUGACGCAGACCAACAUGAUUCAGACUUUGAUGACUGUUUUGAAGAUGGACCUUUUUCUCAAGGAAAUGCUGAAACUAAACCUACACAUGUUGAAAGUUUUGUAAAUUUGAAUGGCAGGUACUCUGAAGGAAUUGAUCAAAAAAUUGUUUUGGAUUGCAGUAAGCUUAUAUCUUCGAAGAAUCACACUGUCACAGAAGUGGUGGAAGAUGAUUUUGAUUCUUGUUUUGAAGAUCGCGAAUUGGAGAAUAAUGUAUCAAUUGAAGCAGCUGUCACAGACUGCACUACUGAGAGGACAGAACCAGACGUCAAAUCUUUGAAUUCAUUGUUGAAAAGAAUUAAGUCAACUAAAAUUGAUAACACAAAUGUUUUUCUCAGCAGUCAUCAUUUCAAACAGCAGGCAGUUUCAGAUACAGGGAUUAGUGACACUACAAGAGAUGUGCAUACACAGCCAACACUCAAACUUUCUGUAACAGAUGUGCACGAAGCAGCUGAUGGUAGUCAUGGUGAUGACAUGAUGCCAAGCCCAAGGAAUAUGGAGAAUAACUUUCAGUCGGAGCUAGAUAGGUUGAACAAGAUGAUAGAAAAAGUGAAAAAAUGCCAACUGCAGUUUUCUGAGACUCAACUUCAAACAGAGUGUUCCAGUACAGUUACACAACACAGCAUAACAUCAUCUGAUAAAACAAAAAUGCUAGGUUUGGUCAAUCUUAAAAAAAUCUCAGAAACGGGUACUGAAUUCAAGCCGCUAUUUCAAGACAGUAGAAUCCACACUGGCAGGUAUGACACCAGAGGGUGCUAA